CAGGUAGCGAAAGCUUGUUUGUGAACUCAUUUUUCUUUACUAACGUUCCCAUUCCUCUUAUGUCUUGAAUUAUAAUGCCAAGUGUUACGAGGUUUCAUACACGUAUUUUACCUUUGACUUUAACUGUAGCGAGUAUGAUUAAACUGUAAGCACCUAGCUUGCCCGACCGUAUCUGCUAAAUAUUUGCCAGCUUGACACCUUUCAAAAAUGGUUGAGCUGAGGUUUACUGAAGCCACACGCUGUUAUUCGAAAAGUAACCGCUAGAGGGUAGCGCUCUUCUGUAAUAGGAGGAAGUCGUUACAGGGGAAAUAACGCCGUGAUACUCGGAUAGAAAGAGCGCAGUUUGUGUUCGUGUGGAUGUGUGAGAGUUGUGAUCUGAAGAAAUUUGCAGCUAGAGUUGAUUUUAUUCAUUCCACUCUUACUUUAGUUACCAUACGUUUUCUCAUUUAGCUAGCUUGUUAGCUAGACAGCGUGCAGGCUAGUUUUUCACCUCAAUGUAGGUGGCUAACAUUUAACGUUAGCUAAUUUACCUAGCUGGAUAGCAAGCUCUUCCUCGUUCGCUGAUAAAUCCGGAUGACUGGCUCCCGUUGAAGAAUUACACACCACAGCGAUAGCUGGCUAACUAGCUAUCAGAAACGCACAUAGCCGAAACGUUAUGGAUAGCACAGGGCAAGAGUCAAUCGGUGGUACUGGGUUGUCCAGUGGAACGAAUCAGGGCAGCGGAACAGAACAGUUGUUGCCGAGUUUAGGUAAUUCUGUGCAGGAUCACUCGAGCGGGGCUAACCCUGGAUCGCCGUCUCCAGCAGCAGCUGCAGAGACCGGCCUAGCCGUUAUGGCUCCGGGCAUUGCAGAUAUGACCACUUCUUCGGUGGGAAGCGGGUUUGGCACUGCUAUAGGUGUCCUUGGUACGGCAGUAGGCACUGCCAUUUUGGCACCGUCUUCUGCCACCGCGACAGUUUUACCACCGAGCAUCGGUUUGGGGGUCACCGGUACUCCGAACUUGGCCGGGGCAGGUCUCCUGUCCCAUAUUCACUCCACUUUCUGGGAUCCGACUGUAAGCACCGACUGGGACAACGAGAAGCCAUCCCAACAAUGUGUUCUCCGGAUAAAAAGGGAUAUUAUGUCCAUCUACAAGGAGCCCCCUCCUGGCAUGUUUGUAGUUCCUGACCCCCUCGACAUGACAAAGAUCCACGCUUUGAUCACGGGACCCUUUGACACACCUUAUGAGGGCGGAUUCUUUCUCUUCCUCUUCCGCUGCCCCCCGGACUACCCCAUCCACCCGCCCCGCGUCAAGCUCAUAACCACGGGCAACAAUACUGUGCGAUUCAACCCUAACUUCUACCGCAACGGCAAAGUGUGCCUCAGCAUCCUCGGGACCUGGACUGGCCCGGCAUGGAGCCCUGCUCAAAGCAUCUCCUCAGUGCUCAUCUCCAUCCAGUCUCUGAUGACGGAGAACCCCUACCACAACGAGCCUGGCUUUGAGCAGGAGAGGCACCCAGGAGACAGUAAGAACUAUAACGAGUGCAUCCGCCAUGAGACACUGCGUGUGGCCGUGUGCGACAUGCUGGACGGAAAGUGUCCCUGCCCUGAAGCGCUGUGGAGCGUGAUGGAGAAGUCCUUCCUGGAGUACUACGACUUUUACGAGGGGGUCUGUAAGGAGCGCCUGCAUCUUCAGGGACAGACCAUGCAGGACCCGUUUGGGGAGAAGAGGGGCCACUUCGACUACCAGACCCUGCUGUCGCGGCUGCAGGCCACCCAGCAGCGGCUGCGGGAGAAGUGCCGCCUGGAGGACGAGGACGGAGACACGGACUCGGACUCCAGCUCCUCGGGGACGGACCCGGACAGCCAGGGCAGCUCCGGACCCCCGCCCAGACCUUAACUGGCCCCCCCCCCACCUGACCCCCGCCUGUCCGCUUCCUCUCCGGCCUCAGGACUGCAGCUUAAAUGGCGUGGGGUCAGUGAGGGGGGGCAAGCGGGCCCUUGGUCUCCCCUUUUCUGUUCAGGUUUAACAAACUGCGCCUUGUUUUGUCCCCCCCCCCUCCACAAACUACACUAAGUACUGAAAGGGUUAAUGAGGACUGGUGGGUGUGGCUCUGAUAAAUGGGCGUGGCUCUUCAGCUGAACUGUGGGGCCUGUCUUUUUGGCUUUUCUUUCAGCCCACAGAAAACAGGGCAGAGGCAAAAAAAAAUAAAGAAAUGUAAAAACCAAACCCUUGGGUCCCUGUGGAGCCCUCUGUGGGACAUGCAGAAACCAGCAGCGACUGUGUCCCCCUGAGGAGGAGGAGGGAGGGAAUCAGCUGGUUAUGAGCCGCUCUGUUAGGGACUCAGCGCUGGUUAUGAGACGCUCUGUUAGGGAGUCAGCGCUGGUUAUGAGCCGCUCUGUUAGGGAGUCAGUGCUGGUUAUGAGCCGCUCUGUUAGGAGGGAAUCAGCGCUGGUUAUGAGUCGCUCUGUUAAGAGGGAAUCAGCGCUGGUUAUGAGCCGCUCUGUUAGGGAGGAGUCAGCGCUGGUUAUGAGACGCUCUGUUAGGGAGUCAGUGCUGGUUAUGAGCCGCUCUGUUAGGGACUCAGCGCUGGUUAUGAGCCGCUCUGUUAGGGAAUCAGCGCUGGUUAUGAGCGCUCUGUUAGGAGGAAUCAGCGCUGGUUAUGGGACGCUCUGUUAGGGAGUCAGCGUUGGUUAUGAGACGCUCUGUUAGGGAAUCAGCGCUGGUUAUGAGCCGCUCUGUUAGGGAAUCAGCGCUGGUUAUGAGCCGCUCUGUUAGGGAAUCAGCGCUGGUUAUGAGCCGCUCUGUUAGGGAGUCAGCGCUGGUUAUGAGACGCUCUGUUAGGGAAUCAGCGCUGGUUAUGAGUCGCUCUGUUAAGAGGGAAUCAGCGCUGGUUAUGAGUCGCUCUGUUAGGAGGGAAUCAGCGCUGGUUAUGAGACGCUCUGUUAGGGAGUCAGCGCUGGUUAUGAGACGCUCUGUUAGGAGCCAGACGAGCAGCUCAGACCAGUGGGCACGCCCCUGUGACGCCACACAGCUCUGCACUUCUGUUGUUGUCUUUGUGUUGUUUACUUUUUUGAACAAGAAAACCAAAUCCCAUCUUUGAGUCGCAGGAAAGAUUAUGAAUAAAACUGAUUAUACUUUUAUUUGAGAAGGAGCAAGGGAAAUGUAUGUAGUGUGCAUGCUGUCACAAUUCUCUCAAACCUGAAAGCUGUCUUCAUUUUUGAGUAAAAGUAAGUCUUAAAGAUGUCGCGAAGCGUAGAAGGACUUCGUAGACUUGAUUGGUUAGCUUUUAGUGUUUUUGUUACAGAGAAUAUUACUCUCUCCUGCUGACCUCUUGUCAGAAGCCAAUGCCAGCAAAGACAUGGACCUGGAUAUGUACAGUAAAGGUAGCCGCUGUUUGUGAGUUGAUGUUGAUAUUGACAUUUCCUGACAGACAAAAAAAAGGGGCAGCGUUGCUGGCUACCGGAAGUUAAGCAGCCUUUCAGCUACACGUGGAUAAGGCGGCACCCCUGGUUUGAACCCAGCUCUCCUACUGCCCCCCAACAGAAGCCUUUUUGGAUAUUAAAGGGGCAACCAAAAGAAUCAUUUGCAGACCCCAGGGUAGGGGCUGGGACAGUGGGCUCACAUUGGAUUCACAGCCUCUAUGCUUAUCAAUCCGGAUGCAAAGUUAAAGCCAAAGAUGACAGUCUUGGUAGCUGGUGAUGGUGGCGGGGGAGGACAUUUUCUGUAUUCUUUACUCUGCAAUAGCUUGGCACUCUGACCGUGUCCUGUUUGCUGCGGGUGCCAGUUGCUGAUGCGUGUUUGCUAGUGCUCCUUUAGCAUGCGGCGGUUUGAUUUGGGCGUGGCUUUAGAUCGACCGAGAACAGGAUCGUUUUGAUGCCCCUUCCGGGCUCUCUGUUGUCAUUGACAACAGCGCAUGUUGCUAAUGGAGGCUGCGUUGGCAGCCGCGCAUGGCUUUAGCCUCAGCCUGUUUAACGACUCAAACGUGUGGAUUCAGACCUCCUGUAAAAUGCACCGGGGAGAUGUGUGGUUUACCUCUGUCCAAUCGCGCGAAGACGACUCGACUGCAUUCACACACCGGCUGACCACAGCUGUGGGUACGUCUCUUACCCCCCCUGCACUGAAACUCAGCACCGCUCUCAGUCAGUUCCUGGGGCGGUAUGGCCUGAUUGGCCGUCCGUGCUCGUAGCUCAGACUCGCUCUCAGACUCGCAUUCAGACUCCCGCUCAGACUCCCGCUCUCAGACUCCCGCUCUCAGAAUCCCGCUCUGAUGGCAGGCUGGGUUGGGCAGCGCUGGGCUCUGCUGGGUUGGGCAGCGCAGGGCUCUGCUGGGUUGGGGAGCGCAGGGUUUUGCUGGGUUGGACACAAGCCUGGCACAGGAUGUUCUAUGCGUGAUGUGCAAAUGUUUUCUCUCAUGCCUUACUUGCCCCAUUUCUAUCUCUCUCUCUCUUUUUUUGUUUAAAUUGCUUAGCUAUUUGUUCAGCAGAACUGUGCCAAAUACAAAAAACAUUUGGGCGUUUGCAUUUGAAGUGACAUUUUUAGUUUGUUUGACAUUGUCAAAGACUGAAAAAAGUGCAUUGUGUUUUAAAUAUUUAAAUUCUUUCUCAAAAGCAUGGUUUCUCCAUUUAUGUUUGAAAUUGUUAGCAGAUGUUCUUGGAAUACAUUUCAAUUCAAAUUAAUUUCAAAUGCUUCCAUCAGAUGCUUUUGAAAUUCAUAUCAUUUACACAUCUAUGGAUUUAAGGUUAGAUUAAAAAUGAACCUUGGUAACUUAACAUUGUUUUCACACGGUAGUAAUUACAGGUGUUUCUCACUCAUGGUCAUUCUCUUUGAAACAGAUUUUUUUCCCCUCUCUUUUUGAUCAAAAAUUUUGAUCCUAACUUAGCAGUAAUGCAUAAUUUCUGGGAAAAUGGGAAAUUGUAUCAUAUAAGACUGAGUGUAUUCUCAUACAUUCCAGUACUUUCUAAAUGUAUUUUCAAAUGUGUUUCAGAUACUAUACAUUUGAGACCCCAUAUUAAACAGCGAAGGAUGAACUUUAAACAUGCCUGACUGAGGGCAGGGGAGAAAGGAAGCCUGUUCCAGGACCUGUAUUUAUUUUUUUCUUUUGCUCAGAUUCUGAUAUGUGUGCGUGCGUGCGUGCGUGCGUGCGUGCGUGCGUGCGUGCGUGCGUGCGUGAGUGAGUGAGUGAGUGAGUGAGUGAGUGAGUGAGUGAGUGAGUGAGUGAGUGAGUGAGUGAGUGAGUGAGUGAGUGAGUGAGUGAGUGAGUGAGUGAGUGAGUGAGUGAGUGAGUGAGUGAGUGAGUGAGUGAGUGAGUGAGUGAGUGAGUGAGUGAGUGAGUGGGUGAGUGAGUGAGUGGGUGAGUGAGUGAGUGAGUGGGUGGGUGGGUGAGAGCAUGUGUGUUCUCUUAUCCUACGCAGUGUCAGCACCCUAUUGUGGGUUUAAGCCCGUCUCCGUUGGUUCCUUUAGAUCCCUAAAGAUCUCUAAAAUGUGUGCCUUUUGAUUUAUUUUUUGUUUUUCUUUUUUUAAUGGUGUAUGAAUUGACUGUUCUAGGAAAAUUGCACUCUGAUGCACUGGGAAGAAUGGAAGCUUGUCACAGUAGUCAACUUUUAAUCGCAAUGCACUUCGGUUUUCUCUUUUUCACCAGUUCAGAACCUUACUUGGUUUCAGAAAUCCUUCAGGAAAGCGCACGUGAACUGUCUGUUGCAAUGGGAAUAAGCUUAUAAACUACAGUGAUGUGGCGUAUCCAGGCAAGAUGGAAUCAAACUGUUCAGAACGGUCUAAGGGCAUUCAGCUUAUUCUGAAUAUGCUUAAUUGUUAUUAAUAUAUGUCCUUUAUCUUUGCUGUGUUAACAACGAAAAAGAGAUUGACUAUAAAUGUAUCUAAUUUGGGGAAAGUGGUGGUGGUUGCUAUUGUUAUGGCUACAUAUAAAAGUGUGAAUGAAUAUGUUUUUUUGUUUUUUUUCUUUGUUUUGCUUUCUGCGCAUUGAUUAAUGCAAAUUGUCAGCCUCCCAUAGCAAGGAAAGCAGCUGUAUAUUUGAGAUGCCCUGCGUGUAUUUUUAUAUGAUAUUUCCCAUGAGGCAUUGCAGGCAUGGACUUCCUAGCUUCACGUUUUGUCUGGGCAGGCAGCAUCUGUGUGAGAAUCUCAACUUUUUGAGCACAGCCCUCCUGUGAUUGGAUGUGGGAUGCACAGCCUCCCUGUGAUUAGACGUGGGACGCGCAACCUUCCUGUCAUUUGGACGUUGGACGCACAGACUUCCUGUGAUUGGACAGCCUUUGCAGCAGUGGCCUUGCCUGUGGACGCCAUUACAACCAGCCCUUGGCAGUGACCAUGGCGACGUGUCCUCUGCUGCCAAGAUCUGCAUCACCUGGGACAUCUUUCCCCUCAGUUUGGUAAACUGCACUGCGCUGAAUUAUUACACCUCCCCCUGGUGGCUGAGGGCUACACAUCUGGGUUCUUGUUUUUUCAAACUGCAGCAGUAGUUAUGGAAACCCUAGCCCCACCAAAAUAAAUCCCAGUUUGAGACUACUGCUGUUAAGGGUUGGACUUCAAGGGAUUCAGAAUUCAUUUAGAGAUUUGAAGACUAACACAUAAAUGCACAUUAUUUUCGUGUUGGGGAAAUCUUUUGUAUUCAGGUAGCUCAUAGUAAGUGCUGUAAGUGGGUUGCCAGGUAGUAGUGACUUAAGCUACCUUUGUAAUGUAAAAUUCUUUAUUUUUUUGUGGAGGAAAGAAAAAUCUUUAUAAAUUGAUGUUCUGCUAUUUUGGUCUGUUCUUGUGAUCUGAUUAGGCUGAAAGUUUUGGGCUGCAUUCUUCAUUCUUGAUGACCCAGUUCUGCCUUUCAGAUGUGACCUGUCAUUGUAGAUGUAUGUUUUGUGGCUCAUAAAAUAGUUUCAUUGUGGCAGAGGUGAAAUCUGGUGGAGAAAAACAUGACAAAUCAUGACCGAAGAAAAAUGUGCGUAUUUAUGGUGGGAGUGAGAGAACUGUAUGUGGGUAACGGGCCGGUGUCUGUAACAGCGUGCUGAGCUAACCCCACGCCUCUCAGUCUCCCUCACAACUGAGUCUGCUGUCGCUCUUCUUUUUUUCUCAUAAGAAAUAAUGGACUGCAAAUAAAUCUUUUUGUCUUUAA